UACACACAUUGGAAAACGCAAAAAACCCUUAAUCAUCCACCAAUGCCUCUCGCUAUAUAAACCCUUCAGUACCAACCCAAAUUUCACACACCUCUAAAGUCUUCUUAACUACUACAAAAGGAGUACGUACCACUAGCUACAUUUCUAGCAAUUCCACAAUGAAGAGCAUUUUCUUCUCAAUGGUUUUACUCCUCUCUCUUUUGUUCUUGCUUGCUAAUGUCAAUGAGGCUGCCGUGCCAUGCAAUGCAGUGGAGGCCAAGGCUGCUGCCUGUGUUGGGUUUGCGAUGGGGAGGGACUCGAAUCUGGCCCCUGCUUGUUGCAGCGGGCUCCAACAGCUCGCUGCGACUGUCAAAACUCUGGAGGAUAAGAAGGCGAUUUGUCGAUGCUUGAAGGGCGCUGUUAAGGCUUUUCCGAGCGUGAAAGACUCCUUGUUGAACAAAAUUCCUACUGCCUGCCAUAUCAAUGUUGGCUUUCCAGUCUCACUGAGCAUCAACUGUGAAACGAUUCACUAAGCACAGUGGAGCUGGCUAGCCAUUAGCCAAGUAGUUUUUUUUUAAUGUUAGAAGAGGUGAAUAAGACAUUGAGGCAGUGUAUGUGGUACUUGUUGGAACCUGGUUUUUGCCUUUCUAAUGCUAAUAAUCAUGUAAUCUCAUGUUGGGUUUAGUGGAUGAUCAGCCAUUGAGACUUUCUUUGAUUUCUUUCUUCCAACAU